AUGGCUGAGUACGAGAAACAUUUCGCCAAGCCCUGGCCGCUGCCGCUGACCGAGCGGGAUGUGGCUAUCCGCCAGAGCUGCGCGCGCUUGCUCCAGGCCUUGCAGCGAAUCGAGGGUGGCAGCUACAAGGAGAAGGCGGAUGACUUCGACACCAGCUUCACCAUGUUGGUCAAAGGCUGUCGAGAGGCGGCCGAGGAGGGUUUCCUGGAGGCCCCCAUCUACAACAACAUACAGAUUGAGGCGGCCUGGCUUUUCCUUUUCGAGGUGCGCCGUCGGCACGUGAAUAAGAGGAAGCAGCUCCAGGAGUGCAUCCGGGCCCUGGGCGCCUCGUACAACUGGUCCAUGGCCUUGUUUGGAUCGAGGAAGGUCCAGGAUGCCCUGAGGGCUCUCCCGGGUGAUUCCAGGACAGAGAUCCUGGAGGAUGCCGGCGCCAUGGAUCUGCUGUCGCAGCUGCAGCCAAGGCGUAUGCCGGGCGAGCCAGAGCCAGACGAGACGCCUGCCCAGCCAGCUUGGCCUGCACAGGGCGCGCAGGGAGCUGGCUGGCCUCCAGCGCCCGGAUUUGGCGAGGGGUUUCCCAAAGGCGAGGGCCCAAGCGUCGACUGGGCUCGGCCGAGCGCUCAGGCGGCUCAGGCAGCUCAAUCUCCGGCAGCUCAGGCUCAGGCAGCUCAGGCAGCCGCAGGCAAAAACAACCCAUUCAAGAAGGCCAGCCCCUCGGGACCUGAUUGGGCGAUGCCAGCACAAGCACGGGGUGAAGCUCCGCCGCCCAUGCAGGGCUUCCCAGAUGCCCCUUUCCCAGCUUUCCCGGGCCCACGCCCGACCUCGGCCUCUAAUCCCUUCCGCAAGGAAGAUGCGGGCUGGCCAGGCGACCUCGAUGCCUUUCAAUCGGUGCGACCUGCCUCAAAAGACUCUGCCCGGGCAGCCUUUCCGGAUCCAGAAGGGAGGGGGCAGGAUGCCUCAGCUCUGGCACCGCAGGACCUCAUGGCAGGUGCCAGGUUUGCCAAGGAGUCAGGCAUGAGCGCGCAGGACAUGAUGGCGGGUGCCCAGUUUGCCCAGAAGUCAGGCGUUACGUCUCAGCACGCCUUGGAAGGUGCGCGGAUGGCUCAUCAAGCUGGCGUGAGGCCGCAGCAUGUCGUACAAGGGGCGCAGAUGGCUCACCAGGCAGGUCUUCGACCACACCAUGUUGUCGACGGCGCCAGAUUUGCACAGCAAGCAGGAGUGACCCCCGACAAGGUGCUCGCAGCGGGUAAAGCUUUCUCCGCUGGCAGGUGA